AGCAGUCACCGUAGCAGCAGAAGCAUUUGCGACUGUGGCCGUGUAACUGUAAGCAGUAGGGGCAUCCCAUGUUUGCACAUUGAAUGCAUGAAACAGGCAUGCAAUGUUUGUCUUCAGCAUUUCCGUGUUCCGAACGGGAAGAAGACUUAUUCUAUCCAGAUCCAAGUUAAAGAUGACUCUUCAGAAUGGAUCGGUCAUAUCAGCCCAAAACUGCUCCAGCAGCACAGAUGUCAAGAAGAACAGCCUGUGUUGGGAUCUGACCCCAGAAGAAAUCAGGCAGCAUACUGAACUAUUGAUCCAGCGGAUCAAGCAAGCGUAUGACACAGUGGGGACAGUGGACAUAGGGAAGGUGUGUUGUGAGAACACAUUGCAGGUCCUGGCAGAUGCAAAGUCGGAUUAUGCAGCAUCCCGUCACACGUUGGACUUCCCUCAGUUUGUCUCUCCAUGUAAAGAGGUCAGAUUGGCGAGCACCGAAGCUGAUAAACGUCUGUCGGAUUUCGACGUGGAAUUGAGCAUGAGAGCGGAUGUUUUUCAAAGGCUUCUGGCUCUGCAGGAAAAACAAUACAAUGAUUUAUUGCCAGAGUCGAAGAGAUUCCUGGGACGACUGUUAAAACUAGGGAAACGGAAUGGAUUGCACUUAUCCAAGGACAUGCAAGAAGAAAUCAAGUCAAUCUUUAAAGAAAUAAGUAAACUUUCCAUUGAGUUCAACCAAAAUGUCAAUGAGGAAAAUACUGUGCUCUCCUUUUCUCAAGAGGAGCUUGCCGGCCUUGCGGAAAGUUACGUAAAUGGUCUCGAGAGAACAGAAGACGGGCGGUAUGAAGUCACUCUGGCUUAUCCACACUACUUUCCCCUGAUGAAACGAUGCCAUGUUCCAGAAACCAGGAGAAAGAUGGAGGCUGCCUUUCACAGCAGGUGCAAAGAUGUGAACACUGCUAUUCUCGAACAGCUUAUUGAGUUGCGGGCAAAGCUGGCCAAACUGCUGGGCUUUAGCAGUCAUGCCAAUUACAUGCUGGAAAUGACCAUGGCCAAAAAUUCAGAGAACGUUGCACGAUUUCUUGAUGAGUUGUAUGAAAAGUUAAAACCAGUAGGCGAACAGGAAAGACUUUAUUUGGUGUCACUCAAACAUGCUGAGUGCAAGAGGCGGGGCUUGCUGUUUGAUGGACAGAUCCACGCAUGGGACAUGCCGUAUUAUAUGAACCAGGUGGAACAAGUGAAGUAUGCAGUGGAUAAGGACAAACUGAUCGAGUACUUUCCUCUGGAGGUGGUGACUGAGGGUCUGCUAAAUAUAUAUCAAGAUCUGUUGGGUCUGAAGUUCCAGCAUGUGAAGAACGCUCAUGUUUGGCAUGAUAGCGUGAAGCUCUACUCUGUAUUGGACUCCGUGAAUGGAGAUGAGAUCGGACAGUUUUAUCUGGACCUGCAUCCCAGGAAGGGUAAAUAUGGCCAUGCUGCUUGCUUUGGGCUACAGCCAGGUUGUCUUGGUCCUGAUGGGAAACGUAGGAUCCCAGUUGCCGCCAUGGUGGCCAACUUCACAAAACCCACACCUAAUUGGCCAUCCCUACUGCAGCACCAUGAGGUGGAGACAUUCUUCCAUGAGUUUGGACACGUCAUGCAUGAGAUCUGCUCCAGGACUCGCUAUGCAGAGUUCAGUGGGACACAGGUAGAGACCGAUUUUGUGGAGGUACCGUCUCAGAUGCUGGAGAACUGGGUUUGGGAGAAGGAGCCACUGAGAAGGAUGUCCCGCCACUAUAAAGAUGGCAGCCCGAUUCCUGACAGCUUGCUGAAUAAUCUCAUUGCCUCCAGAGUGGCCAACACUGGUCUAAUGAACCUCAGACAGAUUGUUCUCAGUAAAGCUGACCAGUCACUCCACACUAAGGACUCUGCUGAUACUGCUGCUGAGUUUGCCAAACACAGUAAAGAGAUCCUGGGGAUCCCUGCCACACCAGGUACAAACAUGACGGCUAGUUUCAGUCAUUUGGCAGGAGGAUAUGAUGGUCAGUAUUAUAGCUAUCUGUGGAGUGAAGUCUAUUCGAUGGAUAUCUUUUUCAGUCGGUUUAAAAAGGAAGGAAUCAUGAAUCCAAAGGUGGGCAGGGAAUACAGGCAUGUAGUGCUGGAGGCUGGAGGCUCAGUGGAUGGUAUGGAUAUGUUGAAAAAGUUUCUGGGUCGUGAGCCAUGCCAGGACGCAUUUAUUCAAUGUAAAGGACUCGGUCAAACAAUCACGGAACAAAAUUCACAUUGACUUUGCACAAUGAAGUGAAUAAAGAGAUCUAUCAAAUGAAAGUUUUCAUUUUAUUUAUACAGAUGAUGUUAUACAAAAUAAAAUGUUAUAGAUUUUAUGUAGGCUGAUGUCUUUUUUGUUGGAGGAUUUAAAAAUAAAAGUUUAAUAAAUAUUUGUAUUAGUAGUGUUGUCAAGGUCAUCAUAUACUCUAUAUUUUAUGCUUAUUUUAUCCACAUGGCUAGUUUUGUAUAACAACUUCUAAGGAUCAGUAUUAGUGUUUUCUCUGUUACUUUGUUUUAAUCCCCUUCAUUAAUUUUAUUUUACAUUAAAAUGUAGUGUAUUUUGUUACAACUUUUAUUUCAUGUAAUGUAUCUCUACAUCCAGCUGAUUAAUAAGUCACACUGAGAUGAUGUGUUGGCAAAGUUAGAAAUAAAAAUUUAAAUCUGUUUUGAAAUCAUUUGCUUAAUCGUUAAUCAUUGCAAAUCAUUGUUUCAGAAGAUGUAUUAAGCAGUUAAAAUCUUGAUGUAAUAUAUGAAAAGAUCUGAUGCUAAUAUUAAUACAAAUAUGUGUUCUGAAGUAAUCAACAAAAAUAGAAAAAAAGUAUAUAGAAUAAUACAUAAGGAAGCCAAAGGAAAAAUAAAACUGAUCAAAUAAGUUUAGUAUCAAAUAACAAUAUUUUAAAGCUCACACAACUUUACGGUCUUUAGCCUCAUAUAUAUACCGGUAUAUAUAUAUAUAAGCUUUAUCUCAGACAACAAAAUCAUAAAAUUUGUUUUCUUAUUUUUUAAACUUACAAUUAUGAAUAUGAGAUUUGGUCAAAAGUAGACAUAAAAUAAGUAAAAGUCAUUAAGUCAUUUUCUUUGGGAUAAUCAGUAAAGCCAAAUAAAACAUUCUCCCAUAAAAGGGAGACAUUUGCGAUUUGGUUUCGAUCUAUGGUUUCGAUCCAGUGACGUAUACAUGUUGUGCUUUGGUUGCCAAGACGACGUGCGCAGAGCCUUUUACACACUUCCGGAUUUCUGACUUCCGGAUUAGACGCCUCGGGGUAAACAAUUCAAACUAUUCGUGGUAACAAACAAUAACAAAGUCUAUAAUUUUGCAUACAAAUAUGUGUAAAAUAGAUGCAAUUAUGCUGCUUAAGCACAUAUAAAUGAAACGCCUCAAUAAAAUUUAAAGUGACAAUGACAGUAGGCGAACACCUGGUGGAGACAAACAUUAACUUUUGACUUUGAAUAGAAAGUAUAUUACCGUGAGUCAGCGUUAGAUCAAUGACUACUUUGUAUUAAUGUUUAUGUUUAUCAACAUUUAGUAUAGCCUACUUUUUUGUGAAUAUAAAAUAAAAACUGUAAAUUAAAUUAC